CUCUCCUCCCCGUAUUCAGCAAAUCAUCUCUCAGUCAAUCUCCGGCUCCCUGUAGCUGUAUCAUGUAUAUACAACAAAUGACUUUCAUGUGAUACGUUUAUGUGUUUGUGCUUUCUCCACAUCCAAAGGGAUUGAUUCUUUGAGAGAAAAAAAGGGGUAGAUUCUUUGAAACAAUGGAGUUUUUACCCUUUUGAUUUUUCAGAGCUUUAAAGCCUAAAUAAAGCAGCUUUUACAGCAGUGUUUCUCCCUAACCCAACCCUUGAUUCGUUCACAUUCCUACCUUUUUCUUUACACAGGCUUUUGGCGGAACGGGCUAUGGCGCAGGUGAUGUGUUCUUGGAUCUUUGGUGGAGAACUGCUGUCGGGUUAUGCUUUUCCUUGAUUAGACACUGACAUUGAAAAGAACUUUACCAGGCUCACUUCAUCAGUUGACUCUCGUUUAUUUUCUUUUGUUUUUUCAAAGUUGUGUAACACCCGAGUUGUUCAGCUGCUCUGUAGUUUAUUGUUUGUUUGGUUCUUGUGAAAGUUAUUGUAUCGUACUUUUGGAACUGUUGAACUGGGCCCUGCUGAUCGUAGCGGAAUAGAUAGAUUGGUGUGAGGGAAGAUGGAUAAAAAUGGGGCAGAGGAUUGGAAGGAGAUGGUGAGGAAGAUGCUACCUCCGGGGGCUCCAAUUCCGGACGAGGAUGACAUGGAUUAUUCAAUAGCAAUGGAGUAUAAGGGCCCUGCAGUUUCGUACGAGCUUCCCAGAUUAGAACCCCUUGAUAUGAAUGCAGAUGCAAUUCCAAUUGCUGAGCCUGUUUCAGAAUCUAGGAGAUCAGUGGCUCGUGAAACAACACCUGUGAUUGAACCAAUUCCCUUGCCAGUGUCUCGUAUUGCAAGCAUUACCAGUCCGCCUCAUCAAAGUCCGAGGAUGUCCGGAAGUUCAGAGUCUGUGGUGUCUGUUCUGCAAAACGCUGAUUUUUCUUCGCCUUCCCCUUCAGCUUCUCCUGCUUCAAUGCACAGUCAGCACAAUAAUGCUCCCAGGGGUCAUGCUAAUGAAGGAAGGAGAGCCACAGUGGUCACCUUCAAUACUGUUGAUAGAUCCGAGAGGAAGGUGGUAGAUGCAGAGAAACAAGUAUUUCCUGAAUUUGUUGGUGUGACCAAAGAAAAGAAGAAAAGGAAGAAAACCAGAGUCUGUUAUAGGUGUGGAAAAGGGAAGUGGGAAACCAAGGAGUCUUGCCUGGUUUGUGAUGCAAAAUAUUGUAGCAAUUGUGUGCUCAGAGCUAUGGGUUCCAUGCCAGAAGGGCGUAAAUGUGUUACUUGCAUAGGUGAACCCAUUGAUGAGUCAAAGCGUUUCAAAUUGGGUAAACAUUCGAGGGUGUUGUCACGUUUAUUGUGUCCUUUGGAAGUCAAACAUAUAAUGAAAGCAGAAAAAGAAUGUUCUGCUAAUCAGCUUCGGCCGGAGCAGCUGAUUGUGAAUGGAUAUCCUUUAAAACCAGAAGAAAUGGCUGAACUUCUCGGAUGCCCUCUACCUCCUAGGAAGCUGAAGCCAGGUCGAUAUUGGUAUGACAAGGAAUCAGGUCUUUGGGGAAAGGAAGGAGAAAAGCCUGAUAGAAUUAUUAGUUCAAACUUAAGUUUCACUGGGAAACUUAGUCCUCAUGCAAGCAAUGGAAAUACUGAGGUAUACAUCAAUGGUCGGGAAAUCACAAAACUUGAGCUGAGAGUACUGAAGCUUGCAAAUGUGCAAUGUCCUCGUGACACUCAUUUUUGGGUUUAUGAUGAUGGUCGUUACGAGGAGGAAGGCCAAAAUAAUAUCCGAGGCAAUAUAUGGGAAAAGGCAUCGACCCGAUUCGUCUGCUCCUUGUUCUCUUUGCCUGUACCCCAAGGUCAGCCUCUUGGACAUAAGGAUGAACCUAGCAACUAUACUACUCUACCUAAUUAUCUAGAGCAGAAAAAGACCCAGAAGCUUCUUCUACUUGGCCUUCCAGGCUCUGGCACCAGCACUAUCUUUAAGCAGGCCAAAUUUUUGUAUGGAAACAAGUUCACCCCUGAAGAGUUGCAGGACAUCAAGCUUAUGAUCCAAAGCAACAUGUACAAAUAUCUAAGCAUUCUGCUCGAUGGUCGGGAACGUUUUGAGGAGGCUGUAUUAGGGAACAAAAGGCAAAAUUCAGACGAACAAGCCUCUGAAUCAGGGGUAGGUGGUAACUCCAGUGAACAUAAUCAAUGCAUAUAUGCUCUCAAUCCAAGGUUGAAGCAUUUCUCUGACUGGCUCCUAGAUAUCAUUGCCACUGGAGAUUUGGACGCAUUCUUUCCUGCUGCAACGCGAGAGUAUGCUCCACUCGUUGAAGAAGUGUGGAGAGAUCCUGCUAUACAGGAGACGUACAGGAGAAAGAAUGAACUUUACUUUCUACCAGACGUAGCCGAGUAUUUCUUAAGCAGGGCUGUUGAGAUAUCAAGCAAUGAAUAUGAACCGACAGAUCGUGAUAUACUGUAUGCCGAGGGGGUGACUCAGGGGAAUGGCUUGGCCUUUAUGGAGUUCUCCCUGGAUGAUCGUAGUCCAAUGUCAGAAACGUACACAGAAAAUCUGGAAGCUGUGCCCUCACCUUUGACCAAGUACCAACUUAUCAGAGUAAACGCCAAGGGGAUGAAUGAAGGAUGCAAGUGGGUGGAAAUGUUCGAGGAUGUCCGUGCAGUCAUCUUCUGUGUUGCCCUGAGCGACUACGAUCAGGUAUGGGUUUCUCCAGACACCGCCAGCAGUGGCAUGCGUCUCCAGAACAAGAUGAUUCAAAGUAAAGAGUUCUUGGAGUCGAUGAUCAGGCAUCCAUGUUUCAAAGAAACCCCUUUUGUGUUGAUUCUAAACAAGUACGACCUCUUCGAGGAGAAGAUAAACCGUGCCCCUCUCGGCACAUGUGAAUGGUUCACGGAUUUUAGGCCCUUGCGUACUCAUCACAACAACCAGUCCCUAGCUAACCAAGCUUACUUCUACAUAGCCAUGAAGUUCAAGGAUCUUUAUGCCUCCCUCACCGGACGAAAGCUCUUUGUUUGGCAAGCAAGGGCAAGGGAUCGGCCGACGGUGGAUGAGGCAUUCAAGUAUAUAAGGGAAGUGGUGAGAUGGGAGGAUGAGAGGGACGACAACUAUUAUGGUGGUGCAGAAGACUCUUUUUACAGCACAACAGAUGUGAGCUCCUCACCAUUUGUCCCACAAGAGUAGAUUGUGGUUCUUGGCACAGAUUGUGUGCUCCUCACCAGUUUUGUGCCUAUAGUGACAUUUAUGAUUCUUGAGAAAUGCAUUGGGGAUUGUAUAUAGAACGAGACGCAUUAAUAAUUUUUAUGGACUAGAGUUUUUCCGUCAUCGGAGCUCGACAUUGAACGUCGUCUGUUGGAUUUUUGCAGGUUCUAUAAGGCUCGUAUCAGGUCAAACUUGAGUUUUGAGUU